AUGGCGGCGAUUGGAACCCUUGUCUUCUGUACCGACUGCGGUAAUCUCCUGCCCGCGACCAAGGGCACGCAGAGAAACGUGUUGCGCUGCGAGUGCUGCGGUGCCGAGAAUAAGGAUACCGGCUCCAAAGUUACUGUCACGCAAACAAAGCCCUCCGAUUUCCCAUCUUUUCUGAGACAGAAGCUGCAGUCGAGCGUGCAGGCCGUCGAGAAGCACAAUCUGCAAACGGAGAGCACAGUGCAUGAGAAAUGCCCCAAGUGUGGCCGCGAGGAGGUCAAGUACACCACCGUGCAGCUGCGCAGUGCAGAUGAAGGUUCCACGGUCAUCUACAACUGCGAAUGCGGAAACUCGUGGCAUGAAAACAACUAG